AUGGAAGGCACUUCAGCGCUGCUGGACGCCGGGGCUGUGGCGGACCUGGUGCUGCUGGACCCGCUGAGCGAGGAGUCGCUGGUCCAGACACUGCAGGAGCGAUUCCGCCGCCACGACAUCUACACAUACAUUGGGAAUGUGGUGAUCUCAGUGAACCCCUACCAGUCCCUGCCCAUCUACACCCCAGAGAAGGUGGAGGAGUAUCACAACUGCAGCUUCUUUGCCGUGAAGCCCCACAUCUAUGCCAUUGCUGACGAUGCCUAUCGCUCGCUGCGGGACCGGAACAGGGACCAGUGCAUCCUCAUCACCGGAGAGAGCGGCGCCGGCAAGACAGAGGCCAGCAAGCUGGUGAUGUCCUACAUGGCAGCCGUGAGCAGCAAAGGGGAGGAGGUGAACAAGGUGAAGGAGCAGCUCCUGCAGUCCAACCCUGUGCUGGAGGCCUUUGGGAACGCCAAGACUGUCCGUAAUGACAACUCCUCCCGAUUCGGCAAGUACAUGGACAUUGAGUUCGACUUCAAGGGGGACCCCCUGGGAGGGGUCAUCAGCAACUACCUGCUGGAGAAAUCCCGCAUUGUCCGGCACGUGAAGGGCGAGAGGAACUUCCACAUCUUCUACCAGCUCCUGGCUGGGGCUUCGCCGCAGCUGCUCCAGCAGCUGAAGCUCCGCCAGGACUGUGGGUACUAUGGAUACCUGAACCGGGAGAGCUCCAGCCUGCCUGGCAUGGACGAUGCAGCCAACUUCCACGCCAUGCAGGAUGCCAUGAGGAUCAUCGGCUUCUCACCCGCCGAGGUGACAGAGCUGCUGGAGGUGACGGCCGUGGUGCUCAAACUGGGCAACAUCCAGCUGAGCAGCAGCUUCCAGGCCAGCGGGAUGGAGGCCUGCAGCAUCACCGAGCCCCAGGAGCUGCGCGAGAUCUGCGAGCUGAUCGGGCUGGACCCCAGCACGCUGGAGCAGGCGCUGUGCUCCCGCACGGUGAAGGCGCGGGAUGAGACGGUGCUCACCACCCUCACUGUCCCCCAGGGCUACUACGGCCGGGACGCGCUGGCCAAGAACAUCUACAGCCGCCUCUUCGACUGGCUGGUGAAUCGCAUCAACACCAGCAUCCAGGUGAAGUCGAACGAGCAGAGGAAGGUGAUGGGCGUCCUGGACAUCUACGGCUUUGAGAUCUUCCAGGACAACGGCUUUGAGCAGUUCAUCAUCAACUACUGCAACGAGAAGCUGCAGCAGAUCUUCAUCUUGAUGACGCUGAAGGAGGAACAGGAGGAAUACAUCCGAGAGGGCAUCCAGUGGACCCCGGUGGAGUUUUUCGACAACAGCAUCAUCUGCAACUUGAUUGAGAACAGCACCAGCGGGAUCCUGGCCAUGCUGGACGAGGAGUGCCUGCGGCCUGGCGUGGUCAAUGAGGACACCUUUCUCACCAAACUCAACCAGCUCUUGGCCACACACAAACACUACGAGAGCAAGGAGACGCAGAACGCCCGGCACGUCACCGACACCAGCCUGCCACCGCGCUGCUUCCGCAUCCACCACUACGCCGGCAAGGUGACCUACAACGUGACGGGCUUCAUCGAGAAGAACAACGACCUGCUCUUCCGCGACCUCUCGCAGGCCAUGUGGGCGGCCCGGCACGCGCUGCUGCGCUCGCUCUUCCCCGAGGGAGACCCCCAGAAAGUCUCCCUCAAGCUGCCGCCCACCGCAGGCUUCCAGUUCAAGUCAUCCGUGGCGAUGCUGAUGAGGAACCUCUACUCCAAGAACCCAAAUUACAUCAGGUGCAUCAAACCCAACGACACCAAGUCAGCGAUGGUGUUCACGCCGGAGCUGGUGCUGGCACAGGUCCGGUACCUGGGGCUGAUGGAGAACGUGCGGGUGAGGCGGGCGGGCUACGCCUUCCGCCAGCUCUACGGCCCCUUCCUGCAGCGCUACAAGAUGCUCAACCCCCGCACGUGGCCCCACUGGGAUGGUGGGGACAGGGAGGGGGUCGAGGUGCUGCUGGCAGGUCUGGCGUUCCCCGCCGAGGAGCUGGCGUUCGGCCACACCAAGGUCUUCAUCCGCUCGCCACGCACUCUCUUCGACCUGGAGCGGCAGCGCCAGGAGCGCGUGGCCCAGCUCGCCACCCUCAUCCAGAAGAUGUUCCGGGGCUGGCGGUGCCGGACCCAGUACCAGCUGAUGCGCAAGAGCCAGAUCAUCAUCUCUGCCUGGUUCCGUGGCCACAGGCAAAUGAACCGCUACAAGCAGAUGAAGCGGUCAGCACUGAUCCUGCAGGCGUACGCACGGGGCUGGAAGGCUCGCAGGACCUACAGGAAGUAUUUCCGUUCCAGCGCCAGCACCUGCUUGGCCAACUUCAUCUACCAGCGGCUGGUGCAGAGGUACCUGGUGGGGCUGGCAAAGAACCUCCCGCCGCUGUCGGUGAUGGACCGGACCUGGCCCCCGGCGCCGUACAGGUUCCUGGAUGACGCCAACCAGGAGCUGAAAAACAUCUUCUACCACUGGAAGUGCAAGAAGUACCGGGACCAGCUGCCGCCGUUGCGCCGGGCCCAGCUGCAGGCCAAGCUCUGCGCCAGCGAGCUCUUCAAGGACAAGAAGACCCUCUACCCCAAAAGCCUGCAGCAGCCCUUCCGUGGAGAGUACCUGGGGCUGAAGCAGAACCCCAAGUACCAGAAGCUCCACGCCAUAGCCAAGGACAAGCUGGUGAUGGCUGACACCGUGAGGAAGGUGAACAGGGCCAGUGGAAAGACAGUCCCACGCCUGGUGCUCCUCACCACCGAGCACCUGGUCCUGGCUGACCCCAAGGCCGCCCAGCCCAAGACCGUGCUCAGCCUCAGUGACAUCCGUGGCGUCUCAGUCACCCGAUUCUCCGAUGGCUUCCUGGCCCUGCAUCUCAAGGAGGUCUCCACAGUGGGGGCCAAGGGUGACUUCCUGCUGGUCAGUGACCACCUCAUCGAGCUGGUCACUCGCCUGCACCAGACCUUUGAGGCCACCACCGGGCAGGCGCUGCCCCUGCACAUCACUGACAGGUUCUCCACCCGCUUCCCCAAGGGCGACGUGUCCAUCACCGUGGUGGAGUCACCCAAGGCCGGCACCGACGGCCCCGUCUGCAAGAAAAAGGGCAGCAACAAGAUGGAGGUCCUGGUGCACUGA